CUCUGGGCUACCUCGCGACGUGGAGAUAGAGACAGGUGUAGGCGCUUAACAAGUGGAGCUUCUUGGGAUAAGGACACAUUCAUAUAUUCUCUUUAAAAACCAUUGGGUCCAAGGAUCCCCAUCAGUCCGAGGAUGGGGCUUAGAGGGAAAAUUGAUGAAUAUAAGUUGGCGGCAACUUCGGACAAUGAAGGGAAGACGAAGACUAAAAAGCAGGGGAAGAAAGCUAAGGAGAAGAUGGAUUUGGACGAGCUGAAAAAGGAAGUUGACCUGGAUGACCACAAGUUGACCUUUGAUGAACUUCACAAGAAAUACGGCACAGACCUAGUCAGGGGUCUGUCCUUGUCUCAGGCCAGAGAGAUCCUCCUCCGAGAUGGCCCCAACUGCCUGACCCCUCCCCCAACUACCCCUGAAUGGGUCAAGUUCUGCAAGCAGCUCUUUGGCGGUUUCUGCAUGCUCCUGUGGAUCGGAGCAGUGCUGUGCUUCAUUGCCUACGUAAUCCAGUUCGCCUCCGAGCAGGAGCCGGCCAGUGAUAACUUGUACCUGGGCAUUGUGCUCGCCGUUGUCGUCAUGAUCACAGGCUGUUUCUCCUACUUCCAAGAAGCCAAGAGCUCGAAGAUCAUGGAUUCCUUUAAGAACCUGGUCCCACAGCAAGCCCUGGUCAUCCGCGACGGUGAAAAGAGUAGCAUCAACACCGAGGACGUGGUGGUUGGAGAUCUAGUGGAGGUGAAAGGUGGAGACCGGAUCCCAGCCGAUCUGCGCAUCAUCUCCUCUAGCGGCUGCAAGGUGGACAACUCCUCACUCACUGGAGAAUCUGAGCCCCAGACACGCAGUCCCGACUUCACCCAUGACAACCCUCUGGAGACCAGGAAUAUUGCCUUCUUCUCCACCAACUGUGUUGAAGGAACGGCCAGGGGUGUUGUCAUUAACACUGGUGAUCACACCAUCAUGGGUCGUAUUGCCACCUUGGCCAUGAACCUGGAAGGGGGGAAGACGCCUCUCAACAUCGAAAUUGAUCACUUCAUCCAAAUUAUCACUGGGGUGUCUGUCUUCUUUGGCGUGACUUUCCUGAUCCUCUCCGUCAUUCUGGGGUACGGUGUGCUGGCGUCUGUCAUCUUCCUCAUCGGAAUCAUCGUUGCCAAUGUACCUGAGGGCCUCCUGGCUACUGUGACAGUGUGUCUGACCCUGACCGCCAAGCGCAUGGCCAAGAAGAACUGCCUGGUGAAGAACCUCGAAGCCGUGGAGACCCUGGGCUCCACCUCGACCAUCUGCUCCGACAAGACCGGCACCCUAACCCAGAACAGGAUGACCGUGGCCCACAUGUGGUUCGACAACCAGAUCCACGAGGCCGACACCACUGAGAACCAGAGUGGUACCUCCUUCGACAAAAGCUCCGACACCUGGGCUGCCCUGGCCAGAGUCGCCGGGCUGUGCAACCGCGCCGUCUUCCUGGCAGAACAGACCAACGUGCCUAUCCUCAGGAGGGAUGUGGCUGGCGAUGCCUCAGAGGCUGCCCUGCUGAAGUGUAUUGAGCUGUGCUGCGGGUCUGUCAAAGAAAUGAGGGAAAGGUAUCGCAACAUCGCUGAGAUCCCCUUCAACUCCAUCAAUAAAUACCAGAUAUCCAUUCAUAAGAACAACACACCCGGAGAGUCCAAGCACCUUCUGGUGAUGAAGGGAGCACCUGAGAGGAUCCUGGACCGCUGCUCCACUAUCCUGAUCGAGGGCAAAGAACAGCCUCUGGAUGACGAAAUGAAGGAAUCCUUCCAGGCCGCUUAUGAACAGCUGGGAGGGAUGGGAGAGAGAGUGCUGGGUUUCUGCCACUCCCAUCUCCCUGAUGACCAGUUUGCAGACGGCUUUGCCUUUGACUGCGAAAAAAUUAACUUUCCUGCAGAGAAUCUGUGCUUUAUUGGCCUCAUUUCCAUGAUUGACCCUCCCCGAGCUGCUGUGCCAGACGCUGUGAACAAGUGCAGAUGUGCUGGAAUCAAGGUUAUCAUGGUCACUGGUGAUCAUCCAAUCACUGCCAAGGCCAUUGCCAAGGGAGUGGGUAUCAUCUCUGAGGGCAACGAGACCAUUGACGACAUUGCUGCUCGUUUGAAAAUCCCAGUUGCUGAUGUCAACCCAAGAGAUGCCAAGGCCUGCGUUGUCCACGGUGGAGAGCUGAAGGACAUGACUGCCGAACAGCUGGAUGACAUCCUCAAGUAUCACACGGAGAUUGUGUUUGCCAGAACGUCCCCUCAGCAGAAGCUCAUCAUUGUGGAAGGCUGUCAGCGUCAGGGUGCGAUUGUGGCUGUGACAGGUGAUGGCGUGAAUGAUUCUCCCGCUCUGAAGAAAGCGGACAUUGGGGUUGCUAUGGGCAUCGCUGGGUCUGAUGUCUCCAAGCAGGCUGCAGACAUGAUCCUCAUGGAUGACAACUUUGCCUCCAUUGUGACUGGUGUUGAAGAAGGCCGGCUGAUCUUUGACAACUUGAAGAAGUCCAUUGCCUAUACCCUGAGCAGUAAAAUUCCAGAGAUGACCCCCUUCCUCUUCUUAAUCCUUGCCAACAUUCCACUGGCCCUUGGAACUGUCACCAUCCUCUGUAUUGACCUGGGAACUGACAUGAUCCCUGCAAUCUCCCUGGCCUAUGAACAAGCUGAGAAUGACAUCAUGAAAAGACAGCCCAGAAACUCCAAAACAGACAAACUGGUGAAUGAGCGGCUCAUCAGCAUGGCCUAUGGUCAAAUUGGUGUGAUGCAGGCUGCAGGCGGGUUCUUCACAUAUUUUGUAAUUAUGGCUGAGAACGGGUUCUACCCCACGGAUCUGAUAGGUGUCCGUAUGGACUGGGAAAACAAGUAUCUAAACGACAUGGAGGACAGCUACGGCCAGCAGUGGACGUAUGAGCGCAGGAAGAUCAUCGAGUUCACCUGCCACACGGCGUACUUUGUCACUAUCGUGAUUGUCCAGUGGGCUGUUUUGAUCGUCUGUAAGACCAGGAAGAACUCCAUCUUGCGUCAGGGAAUUAUGUCGAACCGUGUCCUCAUCUUCGGAAUAUUUUCUGAAACUGCAUUGGCGGUCUUCCUUUCUUACUGCCCUGGAAUGGAUGUUGCUGUCAGAAUGUACCCACUCAAGCCUUACUGGUGGUUCUGUGCCUUCCCCUACUCCAUGCUCAUCUUCCUCUACGAUGAAGUCAGGAAAUACAUCCUGAGACGAAACCCAGGAGGUUGGGUAGAACAGGAGACAUACUAUUAAGACCUAGAAGAUCCCAGGAACAACAUACAUUGCAAUUGCAUUGUUACAUUGUAAUUUCAUCCUAUUUCAUUUUCAUCUCUAUGCAGUGCAGUGACGUGCAGUCACAGGGUGCAGAGCAAUGACUGCUGCAGUAAAAAAAAAAAAGAAGAAUUGCUGUAAAAAAAA